GUACAAAGCAGUGAAAUUGAGCAAGAGAGGCAGCGGCAGAGACAAUGCAGCGGGGUCUCCAGUUGAAAUAGUGCGGAUAAGAGGGGCUCUGGAUACUGGGGAUCUGCUGCAUUUGCUCCGGGGCUGCUGGUCGGACAGUUUGGGAAGAAACAUUCGGAAUCCUCUCCGCUUCAUUGUUGCAAAGUAGAAAAGAGAUAUGUAUCUAUGAAAGGGGUCGCGUCUGUGUCGCCGGCUCCAUAGGCAGAGAAUAAUGAAGAUAAUUCAUAUAUAAUUAUAGAUUGGAAUGGAAAGUCUUCUACUUGCAGCCCCCCUAAACAAGGAUAUCGUCCCCCAUCCCCUGACGGUUCCGCUUCCCUGACUUUUCAAGUACCGGGGGAUGUCAUUGUAGGGGCGCAACGCGAGGUUCCAAUUAGUGCUACUUUGUGUCUCCGUGCGGAUCAUUGGGGUUCUGGGAGCGGUACAAUCCCACCGGCAGCUGCUGGAGCAGAAGGAGUCUCGGGGGUCCGUCUCACCCCCGUCCCUGAGAUGAUGGUGUUAGAGAAGGAGGACGGUGUCCCGAUGCUCUCAGUGCAGCCCAAAGGCAAACAGAAAGGCUGUGCCGGGUGCAACCGGAAGAUUAAGGACCGGUACCUGCUCAAGGCUCUGGAUAAAUAUUGGCACGAGGACUGUCUUAAGUGCGCCUGCUGCGACUGUCGCCUUGGGGAGGUCGGAUCAACUCUCUAUACAAAAGCAAAUCUUAUCCUGUGCCGCAGAGAUUACCUGAGGCUGUUUGGCACCACAGGAAAUUGUGCCGCUUGCAGUAAACUGAUCCCUGCAUUUGAGAUGGUGAUGAGAGCGAGAGAUAAUGUUUAUCACCUGGACUGUUUCGCCUGCCAACUUUGUAACCAGAGAUUUUGUGUAGGGGACAAGUUUUUCCUGAAGAACAACAUGAUCCUGUGCCAGAUGGACUACGAGGAGGGCCAGCUGAAUGGAAGCUUUGACUCGCAAGUCCAAUAGCCCAGGAGGUUGGAGCUGGUGGAAGCCCAAAGGAGUGGAUUUUCUGCCGCAAAGAGCGUCUGUCGGCUUGGCCUGCAAUAUUUUUUAACUUCUCGUCCCCCCUCCCCAAAAAGACUGUGUACAAUGUAGUACCCCCCUCCCCAUACAACACAAAGCAGUUGCUUUCGAUGAUGUACAGUUGUGAGCGCUUAGCUGAGCACUGCAGUUGCCUGUAUGUCUGUGAGGGUCCACAGGGGUGGACUUCGGAAAGGUUCUGUACAGUCUGUUUUAUGUAUAUAUGUUUUAUGUAUAUAUACCGGAACAUUUAUUUUAUGAAAAUGUAAUGCAAUUUUAUUACUGGUGUGAAAUUAAAGAUUAUGAAUGUUU